AUGUUAUAUGGUUAUAUACCCAACGAUAUAGGCAAUCUUGUUAGACUUGAAAUCUUAGCUUUGGGAGGAAACAAUCUGUAUGGACCCAUUCCUUCCAAUAUAUUUAACAUUUCAACAUUGAAAAGAGUGCUCCUUGAUUGGAAUUUCCUCUAUGGCCUUUUGCCAUCAUAUUUAGGAAUUGGCCUUCCCAACCUGUAUGAGUUACAGUUGCAAGGAAAUGAACUAACUGGACAAAUUCCAAAUAGCAUAUCAAAUGCUUCUAAGCUCAUUAAGUUAGAUUUGUCGUUGAAUAAAUUUAACGGAGCUAUACCCACUACCCUCAAAAGUUUAACAAGCUUGAUAGAAUUAGAUUUGGAUGAGAAUCAUUUGACAGGGUUGAUUCCAGACAUAUUUAACCAAUUACAUAACCUUCAACGUUUAAGUCUAAGUAACAACAAAUUGCACGGGUUCAUUAUAACUGAACUUUGUCAACUCAAAGGUCUGAGUGAGUUGUAUCUUGCCAAGAACAUGUUUUCAGGAGCAAUUCCAGGAUGUCUCAGAAAUACUUCUUUGCGGAAGUUAAAUUUUAGCUCUAACAAAUUGAUAUCUCAUAUACCCUCUUCUCUUUGGAGUCUCAAAGAUAUCUUGGUAUUAGACAUAUCCUCUAAUGCACUAAGUGGAAUGAUUUCACCAGAGGUAUCAAACUUCAGAGCAAUUAUACUAUUGAACUUGUCCAGAAACCAAAUUUCAGGAAGCAUCCCUGCAGCUAUAGGCAGCUUGCAAACUUUACAGACUUUAUCUUUAGCUCAAAACAAAUUGCAAGGGCCUAUUCCUGAAGCGUUUAGUGGCAUGAUAAGCAUGGAGUCUAUGGAUCUUUCUCAUAAUUACUUAUCUGGGGUGAUUCCAAAGUCCUUGGAGUCAUUACUCUAUCUUAACUACAUGAAUCUUUCCUACAAUUUAUUGCAUGGAGAAAUUCCUGAUGGUGGCCCUUUUUGGAAUUUUACUGCCCAAUCUUUUAUGAUGAAUAAAGAUCUUUGUGGGAAAUCCCAACUACAAGUUCAACCAUGUAGGAGAGGAAACAAGCCCAUAUCAAAUAAAGUGAUGCUAAUGAUAAAAUGCUUAUUACCCAUCAUGUUUGUCAUUUUGGUUGUUUCAAGCAUUAUCUUUCUAAAGCAUAAGAGAGAUGAUGAUAAUUAUUCAACCAAAAAGGAUUUAACAGAUUUGGAUACACCAACUAGGAUAUCCUAUUAUGAACUUCUACAAGGAACAAAUGGAUUUGAUGAGAGUAAUCUUCUAGGCUCUGGAAGUUUUGGAUCAGUAUACAAAGCAAUUCUUCCUAAUGAAAAUAUAGUUGCUGUCAAAGUAUUUAAUAACUUAGACACAGAAGAAGCAUUGAGAAGUUUUGAUAUUGAAUGUGCUGCCAUAUGCAAUUUGCGCCAUCGCAAUCUCAUUAAAACCAUUAGCAGUUGCUCAAACGAUCAUUUCAGAUCUCUAAUCAUGGAAUUCAUGGCAAAUGGGAGUCUCGACAAAUGGUUGUACUCUCAUAACUAUUAUUUAAAUGUCUUGCAAAGGCUGAAUAUAAUGAUAGAUGUGGCAACAGCUUUGGAGUAUCUUCAUCAUGGUUCUCCUAUACUAGUUGUUCACUGUGAUGUGAAACCAAGCAAUAUUUUGUUAGACGAAGAUAUGGUGGCUCAUCUUAGUGAUUUUGGUAUUGCUAAAUUAUUUGGUGAAAAGCAAUCAAAAAUUUAUACGAAAUCUUUGGCUACUAUUGGCUAUAUGGCACCAGAGUAUGGAUCAAAAGGAGUUGUCUCUGCCAAAGGAGAUGUGUAUAGUUAUGGUAUUUUGCUGAUGGAAAUGUUUACAAGGAAGAAGCCAACAGAUGAGAUAUUUGUUCAAGGACUAAAUUUGAAAGACUGGGUGAGCAAAUCCACACCACAUUCAAUCAUCAAUAUUAUAGAUGCAAAUUUGUUGCAUAGAAAAAAUCAAAAUACUGAUAAUAUAUUAUCUCAUAUAUCAUCAGUUUUUGAUCUAGCAUUAAAGUGUUGCAAUGACUUACCUGAAGUACGACUUACUAUGAUUGAUGUUGUAGUGUCAUUGAAAAAGAUCAAGGUUUUGUUAAUGGAAAAUGCUCAGCAAAUUGUUAGUUGA